AUGUCCACGAUAAAGAGCAAACAAUGGAAAGACAAGCUCACGCCAAACCAGCUGGAACGGAAGCGGAAGAUGGACAGGCUCAGCCAGAGAAAUUAUCGAAAACAAUUUCGACAGACCGAGAAAGAGCUGGCAUACUUCAGAAUAGUUGCCAACGGGGAACAUGACAAUGUCGUCGAACAGUUGCUGGCUCAGAUCCAGACUCUCAAGACGCAAAAUUCUUGGCAGCAGGUGCGGUUAGAGGCGAUUGCUUCGUUGCAAGAAAAGGGGGACGACACGAACAACGCAUCAGCUGUAGAGUACUCGCUAGGUACCAAAGGGCCACUUGCACUCGUGGCCAACGAUGAGAAACACAAUAGAAGUACAGCAAAUUUGCCUCAGCAAAGAGACCCAGGUAGGGUUGAGCCGGACGCUCGUGGAAAUGGCGAUGCCACUCCGUGGUAUCGUGCGAGACACUCCCUCUUCUGGCAACUGGGACAGGAAAAUAAAUAUCUUCUCCAGUCUCCAGAAGACGAGAUGUGGGUCAAUGUCAUUCUUGAAUCAUUGAUGACAUGGAAGGUCAAGCACGGUUAUGGGAACGACAACCUGAGAUUGCUGAUCGAUUAUUCCGAUUAUGCAAUCCAACUCAGCGUUGAGGAGGUGGAAAGAGGGUCGCGAGCCAAAGGUUUGUUCGGCGAUAUUCACGACGCCAUUCUCUGGGGCAAGGAAUUUUCCUCCCCGUCAGCUUGCAAGCACGAUGACAAAGAGUUCAUCGACCAGAGGGAACUCGAACGUCGAAUCGCUGCUUUUGUCGCUUUCAAAUCCACCCUGUUGUUCAAGAACUCUUUCCUCUCCCCUAUGGAGCACAUGUGUAUAUUCUGGACCUACUAUCGAUAUUACGUCUUUCUCUGUUUCCCAACCACCGAGAACUGGAAGCGAUGUCUCAAAUGGCAGCGGCCAGUCAAGGAUCAGUUCAUCCAGCAACACACCUGGUUCCUCGAUGGCAUGAUAUGGCCCGAUACAAGGUCUCGGAUGUUGCAAAGUGGGAGCCAUUACGACGUGGAAAAGCUGAUGCGGUCCUUGACCGCGAAUCUCAAGAUGAAAAAUUUCACCGAUCCUCUUCCUCUUAUGAUCUCGGUGAAAAGAGACAUGUCAGAUCUUGUCAUCGACCCUUCCCUUGAAAGCUUCUUUGACGAUGUCAAUAACUUUACGCUUCUUCCCACCUUCUCUCUCACGAACCCUGAUCUUGCAGAACUUGCGGACCUUCUGCCCACGUCGGUGAUUGAGCCCUCCAGUCGGCCCCUCCUGACGCUGGAGUUGAGCUCAAGCAUCAGCGCUCGCUCUGGUGAUUGCAGCAACCACCUAUGUAACCUUAACCAUAAUAGCCUACAACGAAAAUAUGACUUGAAAGCGCCUUUUAGCACCAGUUACUUGAACAGUGGCUUUUUUGACGACUUCUUGGCCUUGGGAGAUCUUAACUGGGACAACGAUCCCAUGCUCACGGUGGAGGAGGCUGUUUACUCGAACCCAUGGGAUCGAUCCGAUGAUUUCGACAACUAUAUCUCACCCGACGGUGGAAAUGGAAGUGAGCGCACCCAAGACCAACACGAAACAGACAUGUAUUUUCUCGACCGAUUCACGGAUGGUGCGCAAAACUUUAGUGGGGCGCGCUCCAGCAUGUCUGAGUGA